AUGUCAUUGAAACAGGCGAAAGAAUUUGUCGCUCUGGCAACUAAAGUCCUCAAGAAAUACUACUCAUUUAUUGGCCCAGGAUUAGUUGUUAGUGUCAGUUAUAUGGAUCCAGGAAAUUAUCAAACAUCUGUCUCAUCCGGGUCAAUGUAUCAAUACAAACUAUGUUUCAUUAUAUUUAUGGCUAACAUAUCAGCAAUCAUUUUACAAGCAUUAUGUGUCAAAUUAGGUUCAGUAACUGGAUUAGAUUUAGCAGAAAUGUGUCGAUUACAUUUAGAUCCAAAAUUAAAUUUAUUCAUGUAUAUAUGUGCAGAAUUAGCAAUUAUAGCGACUGAUUUAGCGGAAGUUGUCGGGACUGCUAUUGCAUUAGAAAUCAUUUUUGGAAUCCCUAUGUUGAUUGGAGUUUUCAUCACAGUUUUGGAUGUAUUGAUUAUUCUUAUGGCAUAUAGAAAAGAUGGAACUAUGAAACAAACGAGAUUUUUUGAAUCCUUUGUAUCUAUUCUAGUAUUGGCAACUUGUGUAUGUUUUAUUAUGGAAUUAUUCAAAUGUAAUUUUGAACCUGGGACAGGCUGGGAAAUAUUUAAAGGAUUUUUACCAGUUCAUAGAGAAGUUUUCACUGAAUCCACUGCUUUAUUCCUCAGUUGUGGUAUUGUGGGUAGUACCGUCAUGCCACAUUCAUUAUACUUAGGAUCAGCAUUAGUACAACCAAGAUUAAAAGAAUAUGACGAAAAGCAUGAUAAAGAAAUUGUUCAAGAAGGUGAUAGUGAUCUGGAUGCAAUUGUUGAUUUCCCUCCACAAACUUCUCGUCUUAGAAGAAUAUCAGAUGGAUCAAUCCUUAUAAGAAAGUAUAAACCUUCCUUUUCAGCCAUUAAAUAUUGUUUGACAUUCUCAUAUAUCGAAUUGGUAAUAUCUUUAUUUACUGUCGCAGUAUUUGUCAAUUCAGCAAUCUUAAUCGUGGCAGGAUCUUCUUUAUAUGGUAAACCAGAUGCUGAAGAUGCUGAUUUAUUGUCAAUCUAUAAAAUGUUAUCUUAUUAUAUUUCACCAACUGCAGGGUUUGUGUUUGCUCUUUCAAUGUUGUUUGCUGGUCAGAGUGCUGGGAUUGUAUGUACAAUGGCAGGGCAAAUUAUUAGUGAAGGUUUCAUUCAUUGGAAUAUAAAACCAUGGAAAAGAAGAAUAUUUACCCGGGUAUUGGCAAUCGUACCUGUGGUAAUUGUGAUUAGUAUUAUGGGUAGAGAAGGGGUAUCAAAAGUUAUGAAUUCUUCUCAAGUGGUUUUAAGUUUUAUCUUACCUAUCGUUAGUGCACCAUUAAUAUAUUUCACUUCAAAGAAAGAAUUCAUGACUGUUCAUGAUGUAUCUCCUAACUCAAGUGAAACAAGUUUGCUUUUAGAAAAUGAUCAUCAUUCAAAUCGUAGUGGACAAUAUGUACAUAAACAAAUUAGCUUUGAGAAUGGUACUUUCCUUAGAACAGUAAGUAUCUUAACUUGGUUAGUGAUUACAUCUUUGAAUAUUUAUCUACUUGUUCAAUUUGCCCAUGGGGCUUCGAUUUAG